AUGUUACCGUCGAAAUGGUACCCAGCGGAGCAAGUUUCUGUUGCCAAAAAGUCAAGAAAGACCGCUAGAACGCAAAAGUUGAGAUCCACCUUGAAACCGGGUGCUGUCCUCAUUUUGCUUGCUGGCAGAUUCAGAGGGAAAAGAGUUGUUUUUCUGAAAAGCCUCGACGACAAUACUCUGCUCGUCUCUGGACCAUUCAAAGUCAAUGGUGUUCCAUUGAGAAGAGUGAAUGCCAGAUAUGUUAUUGCAACCUCUACUUCUGUGGACAUUGCAGGCAUUGAUCUCUCCAAGUUUGAUUCCGCAUAUUUUGACAACAAACCAGAAAAGGGAAACAAAUCCGAGAAAGAAUUCUUUGGUGAAAGUGCGAAGAAAGAGAUCAGAAGUGACAGAGUAGCCGACCAGAAAUCCAUUGAUAAGGCUUUGAUUACUGAAAUAAAGAAAAUACCAUUUCUGAAACAGUAUUUGGCGUCUUCUUUCUCUUUGAAAAGUGGUGACAAGCCACAUGCAAUGGCGUUCUGA